AUGGAGCUGGCUUAUUUGUUGGAGUUUCUCAAGAAGCGUUGUGAGGUGCUGGAAACGUGUUCGGCGUUCUCGAAGAAACCAGUGAAUGAACCGAAGAAAGAAGCGGCCAAGCCGGUAGCAGAGAAGCUGAAGAUGCUGCAUACAACAGUGGACAAAAAGUGCGCGAAGUGCUCUAGUGAGCACAAUACGUAUCAGUGCGAAGACUUUAAAAACAUGAGUGUGAAGGACAGGCGAGAACUAGUGCAAAAGGCCAAACUCUGCUUUAACUGCUUACGACCCUCACAUUCUGUGAAAUCGUGCUCGUCGAAAACGGUAUGCCGCAAUAGUGAGUGUAAACAGUGCCACCACACGCUGCUGUGUCCGAUGGUGAAGAAGCCUGAUCAAGUGGUGGCGAAGAAACAGGAAGAAGAUCAGUCGUCGGAAGUACCUGCAAAGGAAGAAGGUGUCGUCGUUGCGUUGACAGCCGGAAUGGAACAAGGCGACAGGAAAUCCAUUUCGUUGCUACCUACGGCGGUAGUGAAAGUGCAGCAGGCGGAUGGUGGAUUCAGUUCGGCAAGGGUGCUGAUCGAUUCUGGGUCGCAGGCAUCACUAGUGACCGAAGCCUGUGUCCGGAAGCUGAAACUGCCGCGGCGUAACGGAAAACUCGUGGUCAACGGACUUGGCCAGCAGGAAGUGGGAACAACACGUGGUUUGGUUACCAUUCGUCUUGCAUCACGGUUCAACGACGCUGUAGUCUUGACCACCGAGGCUUACGUGCUUGGGAAACUCACCACCACAAUCCCAUCCCAACGAUUCAACCCUGCCAAUUUGAAGCUUUUGGAUGACUUGGGAGAUCUUGCCGACCCGGAGUUCAACCGACCGGGUGCUAUAGAUAUCAUCCUAGGUGCAGACGUUUUUCUUGCUCUUCUGGAAGGGGGACAAGUCAAGAACGAAAGCGGCCAAACGGUGGCCCAACGGACGAUCUUCGGGUGGAUCGUCGCCGGACAAUACGACGCGUCUGAAGUUAUCCCCAACAACCACGCCGUCGUCAAUCUGCAUGUUGACAUCGAUCUUAACCGAACCUUGCAGAAGUUUUGGGAGCAGGAGGAGAUGUCCAAAGCAUCACCGCUUACUCCUUCUGAGCAGCAGGUCACUGAACACUUCAGUUCGACUCUGCAACGGGACGAAACAGGACGCUUCAUUGUCAGACUACCCUUUGAUGAUUCGAAGCCAGCGCUCGGCGAUUCCCUCGCUGUAGCCACGAAGCGGAUGCAAUCCAUCGAGCGACGAUUCCAACUGGAUCCCGAGUUCAAGCGCCAGUACACUUCUUUCAUGCACGAGUAUCUAGAACUUGGCCACAUGGAAGAAGUUCCGACCGAGCAGAUACCAAAGGAUGGCAACGAGUGCUAUUAUCUGCCACACCAUGCGGUGAUCAAAUCCGAUAGUUUGACCACCAAGCUAUGCGUUGUAUUUGACGCUUCUUGUGCGUCAUCAUCAGGGGUCUCACUGAACGACAAGCUGCUAGCUGGACCCAACAACAACGCUGAUCUCUUCGCUGUAGCAUUGCGGUUCCGUUCUCAUCGAGUGGCCUUUUGCGCGGAUGUGGCCAAGAUGUACCGCCAGGUAUUGGUGCACCAGGCGGACCGCGAUUAUCAACGUAUCGUCUUUCGUGAAGAACCAGACCAGCCUCUGAAGCAUUACCGACUCUGUACUGUUACCUACGGAACGAAGACAGCGCCAUAUUUGGCAAUCGAAUCCAUGAGGGAAGCAGCCAAACCAUUUGAAGCAGUUUAUCCUAAAGCGGUUGAAGCAAUCAAGUUCGAUUUCUACGUCGAUGAUUUCUUGUCAGGCGCCGAUGACGAGGAGGAAGCAAGUCAGCUGAAGGAGCAGGUGGCCGAAAUCCUUUCGUCAGCGGGUUUCGAACUACGCAAGUGGUCAUCAAACAACGAGAACCUUCUGCCACGUAACGACGAAGACGGAGCUUCACCCGUUCCAGUGAAAAUGUUGAACGACAGCGAAACAGUGAAAGCCCUCGGUAUCAACUGGUACCCAUCCGACGAUGAAUACAGGUUCAAGGUCAACUUUUCUCCGUCCAGCAUUAAUACGAAGCGCCAGAUGAUUUCGGACUCAGCAAGGCUCUUUGACCCGUUCGGCUGGCUGGCUCCAGUAACAGCCAAAAUCAAGAUUCUCUAUCAACACUUGUGGCUCUUCGAUGUUGGUUGGGACGAUCCUCUGCCAGCCAUCGUCGAAGGUGAAUGGCAAGCAGUGAAGCAAAGCUUGUCCCAACUCGAAGCUAUUAGAAUUCCACGAUGCAUCUUCCCUUGUCGUGGUCGGAUUCAACUUCAUGGUUUCUGCGACGCCUCCGAGCAGGCCUACGGAGCGGUGGUCUACGCUAGGACAACCGAUGACAAUGGCAACGUGUCGGUGGUUCUGGUUGCCGCCAAAUCACGGGUAGCACCGAUCAAGCAAAUUUCGCUGCCCCGCCUGGAGCUCAACGGUGCACAUCUGCUCACGGAUCUGAUGCGCCAAAUCACUGAAGCUCUACCACGCGUAGAAGUCGACCAUUGGGCGUGGACUGACUCGAGCAUUGUCCUCCAUUGGUUGGCGUCCCAUCCUCGUAAAUGGAAAACUUUCGUGGCCAAUAGAACUGCUGCCAUACUGGAAUACUUGCCACGAAGCUGCUGGCGCCACGUUUCUAGCAAGGAAAAUCCCGCUGAUUUGGCAUCACGCGGUCUAACGCCGACCGAGUUGGUUGGCAAUCGGCUGUGGUUCCAAGGUGCACCGUGGUUGAAGAACGACGAAUCGGAAUGGAAUCAGAAUCCGCCCCUUGAGGCGGUCGAUGAAGAUGCAAUGGAAGUCAAACGUGUCAAGUCUCUACAUACCACAACGACAAGGGCAGCAACUAGCUUCGAGAUUGAGAAGCAACUGAUCACCAAAUGUUCCAGUUUCUUCGUCCUGGUUCGCUUGUUGGCUUGUGUGCAACGUGCCAUCCACAACUUCAAAUCCUAUGUACGCAAUGAAGCCAUCGACGAUCGACGCACUGGUGAUGCUACACCGGAUGAACUGCAUCGAGCCAAGAUUCAACUUCUGCAAGCAGCACAGCACGACGAGUAUGGUCAAGAGGUAGAACUUCUACGGAAGGGUAAGUCUUUGCAAUCCAAACACAUUCUUUCUCCGUUGCAUCCCUUUCUGGACGUUGAUGGCACCAUGCGUGUGGGCGGCCGUCUGCAAAACUCGGCCCAGCCAUACGAUAUGAUGCACCCCAUCAUUUUGCCACCAAGGCAUCGAGUUACGGAACUACUAGUGCGUGAUCUACACCUGCGAGACCUACAUGCUGGGUCGGCUCUUCUGACAUCAACACUUCGUCAACAGUACUGGAUAAUUGGCUGCCAAACGGUCGUUCGCAAGGUAGUACAAGGCUGCACACGAUGUGUACGUCUCAAGGGAAAAACGGCUGGUCAGCUGAUGGGCAACCUACCGCCGGCUAGAGUACUGGCCACACGAGCAUUUUCACAUGUUGGCGUAGACUAUGCUGGCCCCGUUAUGCUGAAGGCAGCGUGCGUUCGAGGAGUGAAAACCACCAAAGGAUACCUCGCGGUUUUUGUGUGUCUAUCGACCCGUGCGAUCCACCUGGAAGUGGCAAGUGACCUUUCAUCCGACACUUUCCUUGGAGCUCUGAAGCGAUUCAUAUCACGCCGUGGUUAUCCUGUAGAGAUACGAUCGGACAACGGGACCAACUUCGUUGGUGCCGAUCGUAAACUACGAGAGUUCAUGGAGCAAAUUCUGGCCAACAGCAAGGACGCAAGCCGCUAUCUGUCGAACCUAGGAAAAAGCUGGGUUUUCAAUCCACCUUCGGCGCCGCACAUGGGCGGUAUUUGGGAGGCCGCAGUGCGUAGUGUGAAGAAGCAUCUCGUGGCUGAACUUGGAGAAUCGGCCAUCACGUUCGAGCAUUUGUCAACACUGUUGUGCCAAAUUGAGUCGUGCCUCAACUCACGACCAUUGUGUCCGCUGUCCAGUGAUCCCGACAGUGCUGAGGCCUUGACGCCAGGUCAUUUUUUGAUCGGCCAGCCCAUCAACUUGGUUCCUGAGCCCAGCAUGAAGCAUUUGCCAGCCAACCGAUUGGACCAAUGGCAAGAGAUUCAGCAGCAAACUGAACGUGUGUGGAAUAGAUGGAAGGACGAAUAUCUUGCAAGUCUUCAACCUCGCAGCAAGUGGCGUACUGCUCAACCCAAUCUCGACGUAGGCCAAUUGGUGUUGGUGAAGAAUGAUAACGCCCCGCCGGCGCAGUGGGAACUAGCACGCGUGGAGAAGGUCCAUCCAGACUCUUCGGGAACCGUUCGAGUGGUUACAUUGCGCCGAGGUUCAACUGUAUACCAGAGACCGGUUCAUAAGCUUUGUGUACUUCCGUCUGAUUGA